UUGAUGGUCAUAGAAAAUAUUUAGAGAACGGGAGAAAGAUAGAGUCAGAGAAGGAAGAGAAAACAGACUGCCUGUGGUGUGUGUGAGUUGUGAUAUCAAUUUCGACUCUAUACUUAGCUCUUUCAUUUUCUUUGCUUUACAUUAAUAAGAAUCUCUAUACCCUUAUCCGUUUCAGCUUCAAAAACCAUUAUCAGCUAUAUAUAUAUAUAUAUAGAGAGAGAGAGAGAUAGAGAGAAAGAGAAAGAGAAAGAGAAAGAGAGGGAGUUUAGUGGGUCUCGGUUUGAUUUUGGAUUCUUGAAAAUGGAGACUCCACCAGCGGAGGAGCUGCUGAGGAAGAUCCAGGAGCUGGAAGCAGGGCAAGCACACCUAAGUCAGGAGAUGUCUAAGCUUAAGCUCACAAGCGAUCCAAAAUCGGAGCAGUUCUUACCGCACCGCCAGCAGCAGCCGCACCAGCGCUCUCAUUCCAUAUCGCCGCAGAGAACAGGGCCUAGGAGAAGGAGCGUCUCCGGGGCGGGGACGGGUUUCGAGGCUGUUGGAGCUCGGAAGAAAGGUUCAACAACUAUUAGGCAUUCGUCGCCGUUACGGAGAGAAAGCCGGAGUAUGAGUGGUACUGGUAAUACUAAUGCCGCUAAAGAUGAAGCAAACUGCGGACCGUCGGCUAUCAGGUUUACCGAUAAGCAAUAUUUGAAUAUAUUGCAGUGUAUGGGGCAGUCUGUUCAUAUUUUUGAUCUUAGUGGCCGUAUCAUCUAUUGGAACCGAACGGCUGAAAUCCUUUAUGGCUAUUCUGCGGCAGAGGCUCUUGGGCAGGAUGCCAUUGAGCUACUUGUAGAUCCUCGGGAUUUUCCGUUGGCAAAUAAUGUAGUGCAUCGCGUCACCAUGGGGGAGAGCUGGACAGGGCCGUAUCCAGUCAAGAACAAGAUGGGAGAGAGGUUUACAGCUGUUGCAACCAGUACUCCAUUCUUCGAUGAUGAUGGUACUUUGGUUGGGAUUAUCUGUGUAUCAAAUGAUUCAAGGCCGUUUCAAGAAAUGAGGGUUACAAUGGUUGAUUCAAAGAAUUCAGAAGCAGAUUCAAGCUUUAGUCGGCCUAGAAGUGUGCUCACAACAAAACUUGGUUUUGAUUCUCAACAGCCUCUCCAAGCAGCACUGGCAUCUAAGUUAUCAAAUUUGGCAUCCAAGGUGAGCAACAAGGUGAAGUCAAAAAUGCGGACGGGAGAUAACAUCCUGGAUCGUGAAGGUGGUAGUGGCGAUAGUCAUAAAUCUGACCAUGGGGAGGACGCAAACUCCAGUGGAGCUAGUACACCUAGAGGAGAUCUGCGUCCAUCUCAUUUUGGUACAUUUUCUCAUGUUGAGGACAGGUCCCCAACCAAACCCUCCGGAGAUUCUGGUGAUGAGAGUGAAGGAAAACCUGCAAUUCAUAAGCUUUUAUCUUCAAAAGCUGAGGCUUGGAUGGGCAAGAAAGGAUUAUCAUGGCCCUGGAGAGGGAAUGAAAGGGAAGGCUCAGAUACAAGGACCACCCGCUUUAUGUGGCCCUGGUUGCAAAAUGAUCAAGAGAGUGAAACAGUUCAUCUAAGGAGUCCUGCUUUAGCUGCAAAACCCGAAAGUCAGGCAAAUGAAAGUAAUCGAACUACCAAUAAUGAGGCCUCUGGGUCCUGGUCCUCGGUUAAUGUUAACAGCACUAGUAGUGCAAGCAGCUGUGGAAGUACCAGCAGUAGUGCUAUUAAUAAGGUGGACAUGGACACUGACUGCUUGGAUUAUGAGAUUUUGUGGGAAGACCUGAUAAUUGGAGAACAAAUUGGGCAAGGUUCUUGUGGGACUGUAUAUCAUGCCCUGUGGUAUGGAUCAGAUGUUGCUGUCAAGGUAUUUUCCAAGCAAGAAUAUUCAGAAGAUGUUAUACUAUCCUUUAGACAAGAGGUCUCUCUUAUGAAAAGACUUCGCCAUCCAAAUGUAUUGCUUUUCAUGGGUGCUGUCACCUCACCUCAACGUCUCUGCAUUGUCACAGAGUUCCUUCCACGUGGAAGUUUGUUUCGCUUGCUCCAGAGGAACACAACCAAACUGGAUUGGAGGCGGCGUGUCCAUAUGGCAUUAGAUAUAACACGGGGUAUGAAUUAUCUUCAUCAUUGCAAUCCACCUAUCAUUCAUCGUGAUUUGAAGUCUUCAAACCUUCUGGUCGAUAGGAACUGGACCGUUAAGGUUGGUGAUUUUGGCCUAUCACGUCUAAAGCAUGAAACUUACCUGACAACGAAGACUGGAAAGGGAACGCCCCAAUGGAUGGCUCCAGAAGUUCUACGUAAUGAACCCUCAGAUGAAAAGUCCGAUGUAUACAGCUUUGGAGUAGUAAUGUGGGAACUUGCAACUGAGAAGAUCCCUUGGGAUAAUCUCAACUCAAUGCAGUUAAUACUUACAGGUGAUUGGAGCUGUAGGGUUCAUGAACCAAAGGUUAGAGAUACCCAAAGACGUGGAUCCACAGUGGGCUUCUAUUAUUGAGAGCUGCUGGCACAGUGAUCCUCAGCGCCGUCCAACAUUCCAGGAACUGCUGGAAAAGCUUAGAGAUAUGCAAAGAAAAUACACUAUUCAAUUCCAGGCAGCCCGUUCUGCAGCUGGAGAUAACACACAAAAGGAAUUAUAGACCACAUUUCUUUUGCUACUGAUUUUGUUUCGUUGACACGGCCACAGAAAGCAACAUUUUUUUGACGGCUAUCCUGGGAAGAAAACGGUUACCACAAAUUGCCCCUCCAGGUUUGUGGCAGUGCGUAUAAAGCCUCGCAACAAGCAGACAAGGAAAGGGAGAAAGAUAACGAGCUACUAGUUGGAAAACGUGUGAGCUGCCAAAUGUUGAUGGUGAUUGGUUAACUUUGUUGUUUGUUUAUUUACGGACAUCACUAAAAUCUUCAAAAUCCAUCACCAAUGGUGCGUUGUGAUUGGAGCUAUGCUAACCAGUGGUGAUUUUGUGAGAGAUGCUCAGGACCACUUAGAAAUUUGUACAGGAAACACAGUUUUCAAUUCAUAAAAUAGAGUGAGAUUAAAUAUCUUGUUUUAUUCGUA